UGUGUGUGUGUGAGUGUGUGUGUGUGCAGGGAGGGAGGGAUUGAGCGACAGAAAGAAAGAAGGGAGGAGCCGAUGGGAUUCGUGACGUCGACCUGGAAUGAGGGAGUGAAUGUUCCGGGUCAGAAACUGGACUAAGAGGAAAUAAACUCCGGGAUGAGAAAAACUACGGAAUAAACGCAGCUAAACAGACAUGUAACCGCUUACAAAGAAACACACGGUACUCUCCUCAGCCUCCCUGAUAAAGAUGUGGCGAGAAAGGUGAAAAAAAGCGGAAAGAAAACUGCAGAAGUGGAGCGCGACGUGUUUAUUAUUGAAUGUUUGUGCGCGUGAGAUCCAUAGAUUGUGAUCGACACUAGUUGCUCCGGCGCGCUCUCGCCGUUCCCGUUUUUUAUUAUAUAGAGAUAUUUUUUAAAAACUUUUCCAGCAUUCGGAGUUAAUUUCUCCAGGGUUUUGCUCGUGAUGUUUCACUGUAUCCCCCUGUGGCGGUGUAACCGUCACAUCGAGUCGAUCGAUAAGCGCCACUGCUCGCUCCUCUUCGUCCCGGAUGAGAUCUAUCGAUACCGAGCGAGUUUGGAGGAGCUCCUGCUGGACGCGAACCAGCUCCGGGAUCUUCCCAAGCCGUUCUUCAAUCUGACGAAGCUGAGAAAGCUCGGCUUGAGUGACAACGAGAUCCAGCGUCUGCCGGGGGAUAUAGCGAACCUCAACCUGCUCGUGGAGCUCGACAUCUCCCGCAACGACAUUAUGGAACUCCCUGAAAGCAUUUCAUAUUGUAAAACCCUCCAAGUAGCAGAUUUUAGUGGAAAUCCUUUGACAAGGUUGCCAGAAAGUUUUUCGGACUUACAGAAUUUAACAUGCCUUUCCAUCAAUGACAUUUCUUUACAAGCACUUCCAGACAACAUUGGAAACCUCUGUAACUUGGUAUCACUGGAACUCAGAGAGAACUUGCUGACAUAUUUACCAGAGUCUCUGUCUCAACUUCAGAAACUUGAAGAACUGGAUGUAGGAAGCAAUGAACUAUAUAAUUUGCCGGAGACGAUAGGCUGUCUGGUCAGUCUGAAGGACCUGUGGCUGGACGGGAACCAGCUGUCUGAAAUACCAGCGGAGCUGGGUAGUUUGAGAAGCCUUACGUGUCUGGAUGUAUCUGAGAAUAAGUUGGAGCAUCUCCCGGAUGAGAUGGGGAACCUGCUCUGCCUCACGGAUCUGCUGGUGUCCCAGAACCUCAUCGACCUGCUGCCGGAGGGCAUCGGAAAAUUAAGACGGCUCUCGAUUUUGAAAGCGGAUCAGAACCGUUUGCUUCAGCUGCCGGAGAGCAUCGGGAACUGUGAAAGCCUGACCGAACUGGUGCUGACGGACAACCAGCUGGUGAAUUUGCCAAGAAGUAUUGGAAAACUGAAGAAACUGUCCAACUUCAACUGUGAUAGGAAUCGACUAACGUCUUUACCGAAAGAGAUCGGUGGCUGUUGCAGUCUGAACGUCCUGUGUGUGAGAGAGAACCGGCUGACACGAAUCCCUCCUGAGCUCUCGCAGGCCCCGGAUCUGCACGUGCUCGACGUCUCGGGAAACAGGCUGCUCUACCUGCCCUUGACGCUCACGACUCUCCGGCUCAAAGCGCUCUGGCUGUCGGAGAACCAGUCGAAGCCCCUGCUCACCUUCCAGACGGAUGUGGACCCCGAGUCCGGAGAGAAGGUCCUGACCUGCGUCCUCUUGCCUCAGCAGCCGUGCGAGCCGGACCACACAGGCUCGGAUAACCUGGCGCGCUGCGGUGCGCUGGAGAGUCUCGUGGAGAGUGGGAUACUGGACGACACCUGGGACGACAAAGCCUUGAACCGGAUGAGCACCAUCCGCUUCAUGGAGGACGACGACGACGAGGAGGAUGACGAGAGGACGCUGCUGAGACGGGCCACUCCUCACCCCGGCGAGCUCAAGAACAUGAAGAAAGUGGCGGAGAACAUCCGCAAGGACAUGAUCGCCGCCAAAGGCCUGGACUCCAACAAAAACGAGGUCAAUAAUGCUGUGGAGCGCGUGACCAGCACGUCUGUGUGACCGCUGUCCCUCCGAGAUGUCUCUUCCCCAGUGUGUGUGUGUGUGUGUGUGUGUGUCCCGCUGAGCCAUUCCUCACUGUUUUCUCCCGGGAACACCAGAGCCCUUCCCCGUCUCCAUCCGCGUCAGGAACCAGUGCCUUCUUUUAUAAAGACCUUCAGCCACGGAGAACACACACACACACACUCGUGCUUUUCACUCGCUUUCUGACCAUAGCUAGUGCACUACAAGUCUUAGCAGAAUCUUUAAUAUAGAAAUAUGACAUUUAUAUAUAUAUAUAUAUAUAUAUAUGCUCUAUUUUUUUAUUUUCUGGGGCUUUUCUUUCUUUCGGUGACUCACGGAGCCCAGGCGUUUGUGGACCUACUGAUUUUUAAAUAUAAUUGUUGUGAAUAUUGAUACUUUUAUACGUGUGGCAGCUCAGGUGGUGUCAAUUUUACACACACACACUAGCCAGUUUCUUAAUCACCAAACGUUCCCAUCGCUUGGACUUCAGAAAAGCAUCCGAACAAAGAGUUGUACGCGGUUCAUUCCUGUGAACGUGAGCUCUGUUUCAUCACGCGUGUGUCUUUAUAUCAUAACCCAGUGUGUGUGUAAACAACAUGUUUUUACUAAAUAAGGGCUAGUGCGCUUCAGGACGGCGAGCUGAAACACUCCGGCAGAUCUUCUUCUGUGCUUCCAGCUGGGUAAACGCUCCCGUAAUGUACGUACGGUUAGGCUGUUAUAACCCACAGCUUGGGUCGAGGUGAGCGGUUUUCCCUCCACGUGCCAGAAUGCACUUUUACAAACAACGCUAUCAGUUUUUGGGGUUUUAAAUAAAAAAAGAAAAAUGUGUAUGGUACACUACGGACUUCAUUUUUACAUUGUAUGUUUUCAUGUGUAUUCCAAGAAAGACAGAUUUGGUUUUUUAAUGUUGUUGUUUUUUUUUAUUAUUAUUAUUGUAAAUGAUGAAGCUGCACAGAAAACAAUCUUAAGCAGGCGCUGUUUCUGGGCCAGUACGUUUAUGAUUUUAACCACUGAAAUAAUAAAAUGACUUUAUGAAAGCAA